AUGACUUAUGAGAGAGAGGAUCUUGAGAUUCAAUACUGCUUUCCUGCCAUUAACUCAUCAUGUUUCAAGAAGCUUCACACUCCAACCAACCUGCUCAUUCUCUCUCUGGCUGUGGCUGACAUGCUUGUUGGACUUGCGAUGCCCAUAGAGGCCACCAGGCUGAUUGACAUGUGCUGGUACUUUGGAGACACUUUCUGUGGACUGUUUUUGGCAAUAACAGGGCUGCUCAUUUCAGCAUCUCUUUAUAAUUUAAUUUUAAUUGCUGUUGAUCGUUAUGUGGCUGUUUGUCACCCUUUACUGUACCAACAAAAAAUAACUACAACUAAAACUUUAUGUGUCAUAUGUAUCUGCUGGUUGUGGUCUUCAGCAUACAAUAUAUCCUUCAUAACAGAUAACAGAUAUUUUGAUCCAUCAAGCAGAACAUAUGGGUGUUAUGGAGAGUGUCCCUUUAUGGUUAACUCUGCCUGGAGUAUAACUGAUCUGUUCUUGUCCUUCCUUUUUCCUUGUACUGUGAUUAUAAUUUUAUAUAUGAAGAUAUUUUAUGUUGCUCAUCAGCAAGUGACAGUUAUAAACUCUCUGAUGAAGAGUGGUAAAUGUGUCACAGAGGGUUCAAAGAGGAGAAAAUCUGAAAGUAAAGCUGCUCUGACAUUAGGAAUCAUUGUGACAGUUUAUCUGUUUUGCUAUAUUCCAUACUAUAUCUUGUCUCUAACAGUGAAUACAGUAAUCUCUUUCAAAAUUGUAAGAUUUCUUUUAUGGAUUGUGUAUAUUAACUCUGGUCUGAAUCCUCUGGUCUAUGCUUUAUUUUACCGCUGGUUUAAAGUGUCAGUUAAACAUAUCUUAACUCUUAAAAUAUUUCAGACAGCAUCCUCUCUCAUUGACAUUUUUACAGAUAAUAAUCAGAGUUUAUAA